AUGACGAAUACCCCGAUGAGGUUGGUGAGCCUUCAGCUGCGUGUACUGAUCCUUCUGCUUCCUCAAGAACACGAACCACAUAUUGGUGACCAUGGCGAGCAAGAUGCCGUUCUCCCGAAGAAGAGAUCACCAGUGCAUCCGAGGACGGUGCACGGUCAGGAGAGGCCGUAUAAACUUUCUUACUAUCCGCGCCUUGAUAGCUUUGAUUACUGCUGGUGUUCUUGCGGAGCGUGGCCAGCCAGUUCUUUUCUUGUCCUCAACACUGGAGACUUCAAGUGUGUGCCUUGCUGGUUGAAACUGACUGACAAUGUAGUGCGGUUAUGGUGUGUUCCUGAGGCUAGCAACCUUGAGAAGCGGGCCUCGGCAGACGUGCAUCCUGAGUGCGUGGCGGGCGCUUUCCCGGAAGAUGUGUUCUUUGAACACUCCAGACGCAGUCCUGGUUCACAUUGCGAUGACGAAUACCCCGAUGAGGUUGGUGAGCCUUCAGCUGCGUGUACUGAUCCUUCAGCUUCCUCAAGAACACACGAACCACAUAUUGGUGACCAUGGCGAGCAAGAUGCCGUUCUCCCGAAGAAGAGAUCACCAGUGCAUCCGAGGACGGUGCUCGGUCAGGAGAGGCCGUAUAAGUAUGUAUAUUGCGAUGACGAAUACCCCGAUGAAGUUGGUGAGCCUUCAGCUGCGUGUACUGAUCCUUCUGCUUCCUCAAUAACACACGAACCACAUAUUGGUGACCAUGGCGAGCAAGAUGCCGUUUUCCCGAUGAAGAGAUCACCAGUGCAUCCAAGGACGGUGCACGGUCUGGAGAGGCCGUAUAAGCAUGUAUCAGAAAUCAUAGUGGGUGGUUUCGAUCCCCACCCGCCUUCUAUAAAAGAAAGGCCUCAGUGUGCCACGGGCUCUGUUGCUGCUCGGACGUUGACAAGAAAGGUGGUUGGUGUCGACGCCGAAUUCUAUCUGACUGAAUUGCAUGUCUCCCGAGCUAUCGCUUUGCUUGAAGAGGGUCGAACUAUGCGUUAUGUAGGAAAUGAUCUAGGAGUAGCCCCUUCUUUUAUUUACAGACUUUGGAAGCGAUACCGUGAGACGGGAGAAUACUCACGAAGGCGUGGUCAAGGUCGAAAGAGAAAAACUACACGUUUGCAAGAUCGCUACAUCGUCAACUGUGCUUUACAAAUUUCCGAACAGACAGUAAGAAAUAGGUUGUUGGAAGCCAAUUUGAGAUCACGCCGACCAGUUCGGGCUGUGCGUCUAACAAUUCAACAUAGACAAGCUCGCCGACAGUUCGCGCAAAAUCACGCUAAUUGGCAACUUCGACAUUGGAGGCCAGUGCUUUUUACUGACGAAUCACGAUUCCGUCUAACACGUUGCGAUGGUCGUCUCCGUGUUUACAGACGCCCAGGCGAGCGAUACAGUGCAGCAGCAGUCCAGGAAUAUGACAAAUUUGGAUGUGGUUCUGUGAUGGUUUGGGGCGGAGUUAGUUUGGACGAGCGCACAGAUCUCGUCGUUGUUCCCGGGCGCUUGUGUCCUCAAACUUACAUUGAAAAUGUGCUCGAAGAUCAUGUUUGGCCCGCAGCAUAUGGUAUGGGCCCAGAUUUUCUUUUAAUGCAAGAUAAUGCCAGGCCGCAUACUGCAGCCAUCACGUCAGAUUACUUACGACAGCAGGAAAUCCGUGUAAUGGAGUGGCCUUCCAUGAGCCGUGACCUAAAUCCAAUUGAACACAUUUGGGACUUGCUUGACAGGCGCACCCGGAAGCGUCCGAUUGCACCUCAAACACUGCAGCAGCUCACUGAAGCGUUGAUUGAAGAAAGGGAGCGAAUUCCACAAGAAGAUAUUCGGAGGAUCAUACGAAGCAUGCCGCGUCGUUGUCAAGCCGUGAUUAGGGCUCAUGGAGGCCACACGUUACUGAAAGUCACUAAAGACGAAUAUUCAAACGAUGGUAUGGUAUGGUAUGGUUUGUGGACUCGUUUUCCGCACUUAGACGCUCACUAG